AUGAGGUUGAAAGAUACAGAAAAGUACACAAAUUACUUGAGAAUGCAACCAGAACAGUUUGAUACUCUCCUUCAGUUAGUGAGUCCCCGCAUAACAAAAUCUCAUGUGGUUCGAGAACCUAUUACAGCUUCGACCAGGUUGGCCCUGAAUCUCAGAUAUUUAGCUUCCGGCGAUAGCAUGGUUUCCUUGAGUUAUGCUUUCCGUAUAGGAAAAUCAACAGUCACAGGAAUAAUAUCCGACACUUGUGAGGUUUUAUGGACAACUUUGAAAGAUAAAGUGUUGUUUCAACCAUCUGCACAUAAUUGGCUAAAUAUAGCAGAACAAUUCAAAGAUACAUGGAAUUUCCCAAAGUGUAUUGGGGCCAUAGAUGGAAAACACGUUAACAUUGAGGCUAGACCAAAUUCGGGGUCCACCUAUUACAACUAUAAAGGCAGUCACAGCCUAAUGCUCAUGGCAAUGUGUGAUGCUAUUUAUUGGUUCACCCUUGUUGACAUAGGGGCUCAGGGGUGGAAAAUAUUUCAGAGGCCUAUACUUGCUUCAACUGAAACUAUAGAGGGAAUAAUAAAAGCAUCUGUCUGUCUCCACAAUUGGUUAAAGAAGGAUGAAGAUUCCACACCUGCCAUGAAAAGAACAUAUUGUCCACCUGUUUUCGCAGAUAGCACAUCGUCAACUGGUCACAUCAAUGAUGGUCAAUGGCGGGCUGAAGUCCCAUGUGCUAUGGGAAUAGCUAAACUCCGUUGA